AUGGGUGAUUUCGCGAAGUACAACAAAGUUAGAAAGUCUGUUGUUAGAACUGCAAACAAAUUAAUUACAAGGGGAGAGACAAUUAUUUCGUCAUAUACCGAUAAUGUUGCAGAUGUUCGUCAAAUUGAGUCGAUCCGUGAUACUUUGAUGGAAAAAAUAGCGAAAGUUGCUGAACUAAACGAGUCGAUUAUGGAUUGCUUGACAGAGCAGGAUGAUAUCGACAAGGAAGAAGAUUCUAGUACGGAGGAAAUGAUGAUGUUAAAGGAUAAACUUCGUCUGUUUGAAUCAUUUUUAGAAAAACGAUCAGCCAAAAAGGAUUUUUCAGAAGCAGGAAGCACUUUCAGCCACAGUAAACUAAUAAAAUUGCCUCGCUUACAUUUACAGCCCUUUGAUGGGCAUCCGGAAAACUGGUCGACUUUCUGGGAUAGCUUUGAAUGUGCCGUACACACUAAUGACGAUAUUUCCGACGUUCAAAAAAUGACCUAUUUAAAAAAUCUAGUAGAAGGUCCCGCUGCAAGUUGUAUCGCUGGGUUUAGACUUAGCAAUGAAAAUUAUAAAACCGUCGUUGAUUUACUGAAAGAGAGAUAUAAUAAUAAACAGUUACUUAUUUCAGCACAUAUGAAAAAAUUACUGAAACUUGAACAGGCGAAUAACUUAACUAACAUAGAAACAUUGCGUAAUGUAUUUGACAACGUUGAGACACAAGUGAGAAGUCUGGAAAAUUUAGAUGUCACGUCUGAAAAUUAUGGUCCGCUAUUAAUACCGGUACUUAUGUCGAAACUUCCAGAAGAGCUUAAUUUAAUUAUUAGUCGUCAAUUUAACGACAAAGAUUGCUGGGAUAUGAAGUUAGUUUUAAGAGCGUUAAAAUCGGAGAUCGAAGUUCGUGAGAAAUCUGCAUAUUCUUUACAACAGCCACACGAUAACAACCCGUUUUCAUCAUCGGCAUUACCAGUUCACUAUUCACAUCAAUCGAACCGUGAUCUUCCGCACAAUCAGUAUCAGAACAAUCAGCAUAAUUAUCGCAAUCAUCAGAAUAAUCAGAAUAAUUAUAGAUGCAUAUUUUGUGACAAAUCGCAUAAAUCACAGCAAUGCCGAAUAAUCACCAGGAAAAACGUGUUACGUGACAAGAAGAGAUGUUUUGUUUGUUUGAAAGGUGGACAUUUAGCCAAGUCUUGUUAUUCUAAGAUUAGUUGUUUAAAGUGUUCGGGUAGACACCAUGUUGCUAUUUGUGAUAAGAAAAGGGACGUUGACCAAGGUCGUAGAGAUAAGGAUGGAACCGAACAAGAAAAACCAGAAAAUGUUGCUGGUGCCACUUCGUUGGUUACAAGUUCAAAUUCGCUCAACAUUCCGAGUUCCGUUAUGUUGCAAACCGCUAAAGUUAAAGUUGUUAAUACUACUGAUCCUUCAAAAAUUGAGAACACGAGAAUUUUGUUCGAUAACUGUUCCCAAUUAAGUUACAUAUCGCCCGAGUUAUGUGAAAAAUUGCAAUUAAAGGUUGUUGGUAAGCGUGAGAUUUGCAUCCGUAUUUUUGGUAAACAUUCGUUCAAAGAAACUUUAGAUAGGGUGCAGUUUUCAGUGAUCGGUUUAGAUGGAGAUAAAAUCAACGUUGAUUGUUAUGUGAAAAAUAUUUGUCAUCCUUUAACAGGACAGAAUUUUAACGAUUGUUUGAAGUAUAAACACUUGAAAGACUUACGUUUAGCUGACAGUAACUGUAAUAAUAGAGAUUUGAAGGUGGAUGUCUUGUUGGGUGCUGAUAAUUAUUGGAAAUUUUUUGAUGGUGGUAUAGUUCGGGGUGAGGAUGGGCCAGUUGCUUUAAAUUCAAAGGUUGGAUACAUUGUAAGUGGACGCAUAGGGUCGAGUGAAGGUAGUAGAAGUGCAGUCUUGGUAGCAAACGUAUUGAAGAUUGGGGCUGAGUUUGUCGAAGAUAAGUUGGAUAAUCAGUUGGAAAAGUUUUGGUCCUUCGAAAACGCUGGUAUCGAGGAACAACCAGCUGUUGAAAAUUUUUGUGAAAAUGUUAAAUUCAGCGCGCAGACUAAACGUUACGAGGUGCGGCUGCCUUUUAAGGAUGAUCACGAUGUGCUCCCUGAUAAUUAUUGUGUUUCUUCAAAGAGACUUGAAUCAUUGAGGCAUAAAUUGAAAAAUAAUCCCGAAUUAUUGCGUAAUUAUAACAGUAUCCUCAAAGAACAGCUUGAACAAGGUAUCAUUGAAAGAGUUACCAACGACGAUUGUACCAAAAGACAAGUUCACUAUUUACCACACCGACCAGUCAUUCGUGAUGAUAAACCAAGCACCAAAGUACGCAUGGUAUUCGAUGCAAGUUCAAAAUCGGUGGGACUGUCUUCAUUAAAUGAUUGUUUGUAUGCUGGACCAUCUUUAACGGAGCCUUUAUAUAACGUUUUAUUGCGCUUUCGAUCUCACAAAGUAGCCUUCAUUGCUGAUAUCGAGAAGGCAUUUUUACAAAUUAGUUUACAUCCAACCGAUCGUGAUUUUGUUCGUUUUAUUUGGUUUAAAGAUUUACAUAAUUUAUCAGAACAAAACAUUGAAACUGCAGAAAUUGGUAUUUAUAGAUUGAGUAGAGUAUUGUUUGGUGUAAGUUCGUCACCAUUCCUCCUUAGUGCCACUCUUAUUAAGCAUGCUGAAUCGUUUAAUCAUGUUGAUCCUUUGUUUGUACAGAAGUUAUUGAGUUCACUUCACGUUGAUGAUCUAACUUCCGGUGGCGCUACUGUUAAUGCAGCACAUGAUUUUUACCAGAAAUGUAAACAACGUCUCGCUGAAGCAAAUUUCAAUCUGCAUAAAUUUCAUUCGAAUUCCGAAGAGUUGGAACAAUUAGUUACCAAACCCCAUGUUGCUCAUACCGGACAUGUUACCAAAGUUCUUGGUGUUUUGUGGGAUAAAAAGAAAGAUUCGCUCUUAUUCACAUUCGACGACAUUUUAUCGUUAGCGAAGGACAUACCGACAAAACGACAAUUGAUUAAAUUUACCGCUUCCAUUUAUGACCCUCUUGGUCUUAUUAACCCUAUUGUUAUGCGAUUAAAAACAUUGUUUCAAAAAACCUGUGUAGGUAAAAUUGGUUGGGACAUCGAGUUGAGUGGACAGGUUUUGGACGAGUGGCGAGUUACGUACAAUGAUUUUAAAAGUUUUUCACAUUUGAAUGUACCACGAUGUUACGAUGGCGGGAAUAUUGUUGAUGUACAAUUGCAUGGUUUUUCUGAUGCUUCUUUGAAAGGUUACGGUGCGUGUGUUUAUUUGAGGUUCGAACAUGCUGAUGGUAGUUUUUUUUACGAAGUUAGUGACGUCUAA